AUGCUAGCUUUGGCAUCUAGUAUCAAGCCCGUUGCACCUUCUCAUUACAGAAAAGAUAUUCUUCUGGCCACGUCCGCUUCAAAUUUCGCACGUAAAUGGAGUAUGGACCAUCGCUUGACAACUCCAGGUAUACUCGCGGUCAUUCUAAGUCAUUGCAUACUGACACGUAAAGCGCUUAGUGAUGAAGCCGCUGCCUUCAAUAUUCGUUGA